AUGAGACUCUCGCCGUUAUUUGCUGUACUUGUGUUGUUCAACGUUGCCUCGCCCUUGACGCUAGAAAACUCCGAGGAUCUAAAAAAGUCGUUGACCAAAAUCAAAAACCGUGGAAUAAUCGAUAAGUUUGAACUCAAUCCAGACAAACUCUCGGAUGUGUUUUCGCAAGUAGUUGAGGACGAAAAGAAACCAGAUAAAGACUGUCCCCCAUGUUUCAAUUGCAAUUUGCCAAACUUUGAAUGCACACAAUUUUCACAAUGCAAUACAUUCACGGGUAUGUGCGAAUGUCAGCCAGGUUAUGGAGGACUAGAUUGCUCUGAGCCAUUGUGUGGGUCCUUGGCUGAUGGAAACAACAAGAGACCAAUUAGAAAGAAGGACGUUUGCGAGUGCAAGUCCGGUUGGUCUGGUAUCAAUUGCAAUUUGUGUGAGCGAGAUGAUGGUUGUGACUCAUUUAUGCCGGAUGGAGUCAGAGGAACAUGCUACAAGGAAGGUAUUAUUGUCAACAACUUUCAUCAAAUGUGCAAUGUCACCAAUAACAAAAUUUUGGCUAUUUUAAAGGGCAAGAUUCCACAGGCUACAUUCUCAUGCAACAGAACUGCUGAGAACUGUAAUUUUCAAUUCUGGAUUGAUCAAAAAGAGUCGUUUUAUUGUGACUUGAACAAGUGUGUUUUGGAUUAUGACUUGGCGCAAAACACUACGCACUACAAUUGUGAAAAAGUAGCUUGCAAGUGUUUGCCUGAUAGAAUGCUAUGUGGUGAGGCUGGUUCAAUUGAUAUAUCUGAAUUCCUCACUGAAACAAUUAAAGGGCCAGGUGAUUUUACUUGUGAUGUGGUCAAGAAAAAGUGUCGUUUUUCGGAGCCAAGCAUGAAUGAUCUCAUUCAAAGUGUGUUUGGAGAUCCUUACAUCACCUUGCAGUGCAAAUCUGGUGAAUGCGUUCACAAAAGUGAGAUCCCUGGAUAUCAUCAACCCGAUAACCCUAAACUCACCUUGGGUAAUAUAUUUCUGAUUGUGGGUGUGUUGUUGGUAUGCCUCUUGUUUGUUGUUACAAUCGUUAGAAAUAUAAACGAAUCGGCUUUAUUCAAAAAGAGCGACGGUUAUGAACCGCUUCCGACUGAUGCAAAUGUCAUGAUGAAUCAAAAUUUUGAGCCCACGACUCUUUCUUUUGAAAACAUCAGUUAUACUGUCGGUGAGAAGGACACGCAAGUUUUGAACAACAUUUUUGGCUUGGUAAAGCCUAGGGAAUGUUUGGCGAUAAUGGGUGGAUCCGGGGCUGGUAAAACAACUUUGUUGGACAUUCUUGCUGGAAAAAAUAAGGAUGGUAAAAUUUCGGGUAACAUAUACGUCAAUGGCAAUAGCAUUGAUCUCAAACACUACAAGGAAAUUGUUGGAUUUGUAGAUCAAGAAGAUCAUUUGAUUCCAACCUUGACUGUCUAUGAAACGGUCUUGAAUAGUGCAUUGUUGAGAUUACCCAGAGACAUGACCUUUGAGCAAAAGCAAGCAAGAGUUUUGGAGGUGCUUAAUGAGUUGAGAAUUAUUGGCAUCAAGGAUCGGGUUAUUGGAUCUAGCUUUAAGCGGGGAAUUUCAGGAGGUGAAAAGAGGAGAGUUUCCAUUGCAUGCGAGCUAGUUACUUCACCUUCGAUUUUAUUUUUGGAUGAACCUACCUCGGGGUUGGACUCCUACAAUGCCAGAAACGUUGUGGACUGUUUGGUUAAACUUUCUAGAGACUACGAGCGUACUAUAGUCUUUACAAUUCACCAGCCGAGGAGCAAUAUUGUCUCAUUAUUUGACAAGUUGAUCUUGUUGAGUGAUGGUGAUUUGAUUUUCUCUGGUGAAAUGAUUAAAGCCAACGAUUUCUUUACCAAAAAUGGAUACAAGUGUCCCUUGGGUUACAACAUUGCUGAUUAUUUGAUUGAUAUUACUGUUGAUCACAACAAGAUUGUGAAAGUCUCCAAUACUGACUCCAGUGUUGUAGCAUCCACAUCAUCGGGAAUUGAUGUUGAGGAUAUUCACUCUGAGUUUUUGAAAAACAGGAGUCCAAGCCAAAUUGACACCACUAGGGAAUGGGAGCAUUUUGCUGUCCAUCGUGAUGAGUACAACACCGACGUAAUUGGUCGUCAUGUCACCUCAAGCGGUGAAGAAGAAACACUUUUACGGUUGAAAAAUAAGUUGCAGUCCUUGUUUGUUGAGUCAUCCUUGGCAGAGGAAUUGAAGACAGAAAUUGAUGAAGGUAAAGAAAAUCCAAAAGAAUUUGAUUUGAAACGCCAUGAUAUCAAAAAGGCAACAAUACUCGAACAGAUAUUCAUACUUUCUUCGAGAACUUUCAAAAACCUAUAUAGAAACCCAAGACUUUUGUUGGCUCAUUAUGUGUUAUCAUUGGUGGUGGGUUUAUUCUGUGGGUACCUUUACUACGAUGUCAAGAACGACAUCAGUGGUUUCCAAAAUAGGUUGGGUUUCUUCUUUUUCCUUUUGGCCUUUUUCGGGUUUAGUUCACUCACUGGAUUGCAUUCUUUUUCCACCGAAAGAAUUAUAUUUGUUCGUGAGAGGGCCAACAACUAUUAUAACCCUUUGAGCUACUACAUCAGUAAAAUCUUUUGUGAUAUCAUUCCAUUGAGAAUGCUCCCACCCAUCUUGUUAAUUAGCAUCGCUUAUCCGCUUGUUGGUUUAACGAUGGAACACAAUGCUUUUUUAAAGUCGAUUUUGAUUUUGGUUUUGUUCAAUGUCGUAGUUGCAGUGGAGAUGUUGAUCGUGGGUAUAUUGGUGAAAGAACCUGGUACAUCGACUAUGGUUGGCGUUUUAUUGUUAUUGUUGUCGUUGCUAUUCGCUGGGUUGUUUAUCAACAGCGAGGACUUGAAUAUUCAAAUUAAGUGGCUAGAAUGGAUUUCUGUGUUCCACUAUGCUUACGAAGCAUUGACAAUUAAUGAAGUAAAAGAUUUGAUAUUAAGAGAGAAAAAGUAUGGCUUGUCAAUAGAGGUUCCUGGAGCAGUGAUUUUGAGCACCUUUGGCUUCAACGUUGGUGCGUUCUGGAGAGAUGUUUCAUAUUUGGGUGGUUUAACUACAUUGUUCUUGGCAUUGGGAUAUGUAUUCUUGUAUUUCUUCACCAUUGAAAAGAGGUAG